CCAGGCUGGUUCAGAGACAGACCUUUGCCAUGGGGCCAGCGACUGUUCUCCUCCUGCUCUUGCUCGGCGUCUCGGAGACCAAGCGCACGGCAGAGUCUAGGAGUGACGAUAACAGCGUCUUCGAUCUCUUUGAGCUCAUCGGCUUCAUUCGGAAGGGAGCUGGGCGUCGGGCGCCCGGGGUGCACCUGGUGAAGGGACCAGAAUCCUCCAGCCCUGCUUAUCGCAUUGAAGAUGCCAGUCGCAUCCCUGCUGUCCCCGACUCCAAGUUCCAAGACUUAUUAGAUGCCAUCCAUGCUGAGAAGGGUUUCAUCCUCCUGGCCACUCUCCGGCAAGCCAAGAAGAGUAGAGGCACACUGCUGUCUGUGGAACAGAAAGACGGCUCUGGUCAUGUCUUCAGUCUAGUAUCAAAUGGCAAGGCAGGCACCCUGGACCUGAGCCUUUCUGGUGAUGGCAAGCAGCAAUUGGUGUCAGUAGAGGAUGCCUUGCUAGCUACAGGACAUUGGAAGAAUAUCACCCUGUUUGUGCAGGAGGACCGGGCUCAGCUCUAUGUAGGGUGUGAGAAAAUGGAGAAUGCUGAACUGGACAUCCCUAUCCAGAACAUCUUCACUAGGGACCUGGCCAGCAGUGCCAGGCUCCGUAUUGCCAAAGGGGGAGUCAAUGACAACUUCCAGGGACUGCUGCAGAAUGUGCGGUUUGUGUUUGGAACAACUCUGGAAACUAUCCUGAGGAACAAAGGCUGCUCCAGCUCCACCAGCGCAAUCAUUACUUUGGACAACCCCAUCAAUGGUUCCAGCCCAGCUAUCCGCACUAAUUACAUUGGCCAUAAAACAAAGGACAUCCAAGCAGUCUGUGGUUUUUCUUGUGAUGAACUAACAAAUAUGUUUGUGGAACUGCAAGGGCUCCGGUCCAUGGUUACAACACUUCAAGACAGAGUUCGCAAAGUGACUGAAGAAAAUGAACUAAUUGCCAAAGUGGUGCAGAUCACCCCUGGAGUAUGCAUCCAUAAUGGAAUCUUGCACAAAAAUAAAGAAGAGUGGACUAUUGACAGCUGCACUGAAUGCACCUGCCAGAACUCUGCCACUAUAUGCCGGAAAGUGUCGUGUCCUCUCAUGCCUUGUUCCAAUGCCACUGUGCCUGAUGGAGAGUGCUGCCCCCGAUGCUGGCCUAGCGACUAUGCAGAUGAUGGAUGGUCUCCUUGGUCUGAAUGGACUUCAUGUUCUGUGACCUGUGGGAAUGGGAUUCAGCAGAGAGGGCGAUCCUGUGACAGUCUCAAUAACCGCUGUGAAGGGUCUUCUGUACAGACUCGGACUUGCCACCUUCAGGAGUGCGAUAAGAGAUUUAAACAGGAUGGUGGCUGGAGUCACUGGUCACCUUGGUCAUCCUGUUCUGUCACGUGUGGCACGGGCAUUAUCACUAGAAUUCGUCUCUGCAACUCUCCAGUACCACAGCUGAAUGGCAAACCUUGUGAGGGUGAGGCAAGAGAAAACAAAUCCUGCCAGAAAGAUCCUUGCCCAAUUAAUGGCAACUGGGGGCCAUGGUCUCCAUGGGAUACUUGCACAGUGACAUGUGGAGGAGGACUUCAAAAACGUAGCCGUCUCUGCAAUAACCCUGAGCCUCAGUAUGGUGGGAAGACUUGCGUAGGUGAAGCUAGAGGGACUCAGGUCUGCAACAAACAGGACUGUCCAAUUGAUGGGUGUCUGUCCAAUCCCUGCUUUGCAGGGACAACAUGUACCAGCUCCCCUGAUGGUUCCUGGAAGUGUGGUGCCUGUCCUGCUGGCUACCAUGGUGAUGGUGUCCACUGCCAAGAUAUUGAUGAGUGCAAAGAGGUUCCUGAUGCCUGCUUUGUCUUCAAUGGAGUCCACAGGUGUGAGAAUACUGAACCUGGGUACAACUGCCUGCCUUGUCCACCACGUUUCACUGGGACACAGCCAUUUGGACGCAGUGUUGAGGAUGCCAUGGCUAACAAACAGGUCUGCAAGCCACGUAAUCCAUGCACAGAUGGAACACAUGACUGUAACAAGAAUGCCAAAUGCAAUUACCUUGGCCACUUCAGUGACCCCAUGUAUCGCUGUGAAUGUAAACCAGGCUAUGCUGGCAAUGGCAUAAUCUGUGGAGAAGAUACUGACUUGGAUGGAUGGCCAAAUGAGAACCUCGUUUGUGUUGCCAAUGCCACUUACCACUGUAAAAAAGAUAAUUGCCCUAAUCUGCCCAACUCUGGGCAGGAAGACUAUGAUAAAGAUGGGAUUGGUGAUGCCUGUGACAAUGAUGAUGAUGAUGAUGACAACUGUCCAUUCAUCUACAACCCACAGCAGUACGACUAUGACAGGGAUGAUGUUGGUGACCGCUGUGAUAACUGCCCCUAUAAUCACAACCCUGAUCAAACAGACACUGACAACAAUGGUGAAGGAGAUGCAUGUGCAGUGGAUAUUGAUGGAGAUGGAGUCCUUAAUGAAGUGGACAACUGCCAAUAUGUCUACAAUGUAGACCAGAGGGAUACAGACUUGGAUGGUGUUGGAGAUCAGUGUGAUAACUGUCCACUGGAACAUAACCCUGACCAGGAAGACACUGAUUCUGACCGCAUAGGUGAUCAGUGUGACAACAACCAGGACAUAGAUGAAGAUGGCCAUCAAAAUAACCUUGAUAACUGCCCCUAUGUGCCCAAUGCCAAUCAAGCUGACCAUGACAAGGAUGGAAAAGGUGACGCUUGUGACCAUGAUGAUGACAACGAUGGUAUACCUGAUGACAAAGAUAACUGCAGAUUGGUUGCCAACCCAGAUCAAGCUGAUUCUGAUGGUGAUGGACGUGGAGAUGCUUGCAAAGAUGACUUUGACCAAGACAGUGUGCCAGACAUUGAUGAUAUCUGCCCUGAAAAUGUGGACAUUAGUGAGACUGAUUUCCGAAGAUUUCAGAUGAUUCCCCUGGAUCCCAAAGGAACAUCCCAAAAUGAUCCCAACUGGGUUGUUCGUCACCAGGGUAAAGAACUGGUUCAGACAGUCAACUGUGACCCUGGCCUUGCAGUCGGUUUUGAUGAAUUCAAUGCUGUGGACUUCAGUGGCACCUUCUUCAUCAAUACAGAAAGGGAUGAUGAUUAUGCUGGUUUUGUAUUUGGCUACCAAUCCAGCAGUCGUUUCUAUGUUGUCAUGUGGAAGCAGAUCACCCAAUCUUACUGGGACUCCACACCAACCAAAGCUCAAGGCUACUCAGGUCUGUCCAUCAAAGUUGUGAAUUCCACCACUGGUCCAGGAGAACACCUUCGUAAUGCUCUGUGGCACACAGGAAACACUCCUGGCCAGGUGAGAACUCUGUGGCACGACCCUCGUCACAUAGGCUGGAAAGACUUCACUGCAUACAGAUGGCGUCUUAGCCAUAGACCAAAGACUGGUUACAUCAGGGUUGUAAUGUAUGAAGGGAAGAAAAUUAUGGCAGACUCAGGACCAAUCUACGAUAAAACCUAUGCUGGUGGCCGGCUAGGAUUAUUUGUCUUCUCCCAAGAAAUGGUGUUCUUCUCAGACCUUAAAUAUGAAUGCAGAGAUCCAUAA